AUGGGCGCCAAGGAAGCGGAGCCGGCCCCCGAGGGCACUCGGCCCAUGAUGAUCUCGAUGCGCGAGAUGGAGACGCUCGGGCUCAAGACCGGCAGCGGGCUGCGCGAGACCGUCGAGUUCAAGGUGUUCACGCGCCAGGAGGUGCUAGACCAGAUCGCCCAGGUGGGCUUCAUGUGUCCAUUCCACGAGUUCCGCGCCGACGUCGCCAAGAUGCCCGCGGGCGACGACAUCCUCAUCGUGGCCGACCCGAACGAAACGUACGGGGAAAACUGGCUGCUGUGUCUGACGCGUCGAGCAUUCGAGUCGCAGAUGGAGCUGAUCAAGCGACGCGAGCAAGAUCGGCUGGACGCCCUGGCGGCCCAGGAGAAGGAGGCCAGCGCUGCGGCCGACGCCAACGACAUGUCCAAGAUCGUGUACGAGGACAAACCCGUGCUUUCAAGGCCAUGGACGUCAGCCACAGCGCGUGAGACGCAUGACGAUGUUGAAGCGUUGAGUAUCAAACCGUCUCGACCACUGAUCACAAUGUCGGUGACCAAGAUGUCGGAUGAACUCAAUGCGGACAACAAGUUCAGUGACCGCGAUGCGGAUCAGUGUUUCGUGGAGUGGAGGCAGCAUAAAGAUCCAAAUUACGAGCUGACUAGGCUGGAGCAGGAUGUGGGGUUGCAAGGCACGCCGGCGUUGGUGGACGGCACCACACAGACGAGUUGGUUCCGUUCCGUGAACAGCGCGCUGCAGUACGAGCCGAUUGUGAUGGAGCCGGCCCAGCGUCGAGCCGAAAUGGACAGCGACAAGAUCCAGGCGUUCCUGGAUCGCGUGCUGCCUCGCGUGGAGCGCGCGCUGCAGCAAAACGAGACGCUGGACGUGUUCUUGGACCCGUUCGCCCAUCUGCUGGAAGAAGAGGACGCGUCGCUGGGCAACAAGAACAAUGAGAAUGCGAUGCGUGAGCUGCGCAGCUUUACCGACCUCGUGUACAGCAAGAACAAGACUUUGCCUGCGAUCGACUGGCACCCACGGCGUCAUGGCGUGGUCGCAGUUGCUGCUGCAGCUAACGCAUCAUUCGCUCGACGUCUCGACCUGCUGGACACCGUGGACAGCUCGUUCAUCCUCAUCUGGAACUUCGUCGACCUCAUCCACCCUCAGAUCAUGCUCGAGUCUCCGCAGGACGUGCUCACCAUGCGCUUUAACCCGGCAGCGCCACACCUCGUAGCUGCCGGGCUGUACAACGGGCAGGUGAUCGUCUGGGACUUUUCAAAGGCGGAGCACCUGCUCUCUAAGAUGAAGACAACGAAAACUUCCUCUGGAUCUGGCGGGGCUGGCGGUGGAGCAGCGGGUGGCUCGAGUGCCUCCUCCUCUUCAAAGGGUGGGCGCGGAGACGAUGAUACUCACAAGCAAGUGCCCCCAGUAAAGCCCCUGUACGUGUCGUAUAUCGACGUGAGUCAUCGACGGCCUGUAGCGGACCUGCAGUGGCUACCAGCAGGCGUCGAAGUCAAUAGCCGAGGCCACGUCGUGGCAUCUACCGGUGCGGACGCUGGGGCUGUCAACCAAUUCGUCACGAUCGCUGCAGACGGACAGGUUUCGUUCUGGGACCUGCGCUUCAAAGACCCGAAGUAUCGAGGGAUGACUCGUGCCAAGGUCGACAAGGCUGGUACUGCAGCAAGCUCAAGCAAGGACAGUGCCGCCGCGCCUGACGUGCACUUUGUUCCCAUCUACUCCAUCUCGUUGACCAAGCUUGACAGUCCUGGGGAACUAACCCUGCAGACGCUGUGGCUUGAGAAGCCCCGCGAUGAAUCUGGAGGUGGCGAUGGAGGAGGUGGCGGCGUACCAGCCCUCACCAGCCAUUUCUACUGCGGUACUGAGGAGGGUGAGUUUGUCUACGCUGACUGGCGUCCCCACGCACCAGCUAAAGGCACCGGUAAUAAGGGCGACGAAGGCGGCAGGGGUGAAGAAGGCGUCGAGUACGUCCAGUGGCUGUGUCGAGACCAUUCUCGCCCCAUCUUGGGGCUGUGUGCGUCUCCGUUCUUCCCCAGUAUCUUCUUGACAGCGAGCGAGUCGCAUUUUCACCUCUGGAACGUCGCACAGCAGCACGAAGGUGGAGCUGCUGCCGACGCCAACAACCCUGCUGCAGCGUCCAAUGGCCCUAUCUUCGUGUCUCCGUUGACUCCAUCAGUUAUCACGUGCGUAGCGUUCUCACCGACGCGGCCGGGUGUGAUCUUCUUAGGCAAGGCCGACGGGAUGCUGGAGGUCUGGGACUUCCUGGAUCAGUCUCAUCGUUCGAGCUUGUCUAUCGGAGUCACGGCCUGCGCACUGACGUCUAUCGAAUUCCGUUCGCCUGUCGUAACUACGAACGCCAGCGGUAAUGCUGCGAAUGCCUCGGCAGCUUCGGGGGCGGGCGGUGGGGCAGCAGCCGGUCGAGCGAAGCCAGCGGAUGGGGCCGUUGGGGCCCGAGGCCGUAACAAUCCUGGCCCUGGCGCGCCUGCAGGGGGCAAUGCUUCCGGAUCAGCCAACGUCAAGCAGCAGCUCGUGGCGGUUGGGGACCAGAUCGGCAACCUGCACAUCCUGGAGGUGCCUCGGACGCUUUCUCGCCCCACGAGUGGCGAACGCGCCGCGAUGGAGGCGUACUUCAAGCGCGAGAGCGAGCGCAUGAAAGCUGCUCGAGCUGCAUCAAAAUCGAGCGGCCCUGGCAACGAUGGAGGCGCUCCGAGCUUGCGGCAGAACCGUGGCGAAGAGGGAGGCGCCCCAGGAACGGCGGCCGCGAACAACAUCGCUGCGAUGACUACCAAAGAGGUCGACGCUACGCGCGCUGGAGCUGCUGGACCCGACGACGAGGUUUUCAAGCAAAUGGAGAGCGACUUCUGUCGCGACAUGGGCAUCGAGACUGCGCGCAGUGCGUGA